AGAGGCGGAUGUUUGCGAAAGGAGUUGACAGGCGGGAGCGGCGCCUGGUAAGCCGAGGAGCGCAACGCAGAGGAAAGCCGACUUGUGCGUGGUCAGCAUCCGGGGUGGGCUUGCUGUUCCCUCAUGCGCUAAGUAUCGGCCCCGUUCAGGACCUGCUGUUAAAAGUAUAAGAACCAUGGACCAGUAUCCAGAUCUGCAGGAAGAUCUGAGUCUGGAGGACACCAAUGAAUCCCUUAAUCAGCUCAAAUUGGCUUCCCUAGAUGAUAAGAACUGGCCAGCAGAUGAAAUGCCUGUUUUUCCCAAAACAGAUGACACCAAGAGCUCUCCUGACACUGCCACUCACCUGCGGUGGGAUGACCCAUACUAUGACAUCGCUAGGCACCAGAUUGUGGAAGUAGCAGGCGAUGACAAGUAUGGGCGGAAAGUAAUUGUGUUCAGUGCCUGCCGGAUGCCUCCCAGCCAUCAGUUGGAUCAUGUGAAGUUGCUGGGCUACCUGAAGUACACGUUGGACCAGUAUGUGGAGAGUGACUAUACUUUAGUGUAUCUGCAUCAUGGUCUGACCAGUGAGAACAAACCAUCAUUGAGCUGGCUGAGGGAUGCCUAUCGAGAAUUUGACCGCAAAUACAAAAAGAACAUUAAAGCAUUGUACAUUGUACAUCCAACUAUGUUCAUCAAGACACUACUGAUUCUCUUCAAGCCCUUGAUCAGCUUUAAGUUUGGGCGAAAGAUUUUCUAUGCAAACUACUUGAGUGAUCUGGAGGAGCAUGUGAAACUGGAGCAGCUGGGGAUCCCAAGCCAGGUGCUAAAAUAUGAUGAGUAUCUGAGAUCACUGCAGAAGCCCUCCCAAGUGUCUCAGAAGACAACCCCGCCUCGCCCUCCCCUGCCAAACCAGCAGUUUGGAGUCUCUCUCCAGCAUUUAAGGGAGAAGAGCUCAAACCAAAACCCCAUCCCACUGGUGGUAAGGGAGACCAUUGGGCAUCUACAGGAGCAUGCACUUACCACAGAGGGGAUUUUCCGGCGAUCAGCAAACACACAGACUGUCAGAGAAGUUCAGCAAAAAUACAACAUGGGACUGCCUGUGGACUUCUUACAGUAUGAGGAUGUGCACCUCCCAGCUGUGAUUCUCAAGACGUUCUUGCGGGACUUGCCUGAACCACUCCUUACCUUUGGUCUCUACAGUGAUGUUGUCAAUUUCUACAAUGUGGAGGAAGAGAAGCGUGUGGAUAUUGUUCGCAAAACACUGCAGUCUCUCCCAGAGGAAAACUACCAAGUCCUGUGUUCACUGAUGACCUUCCUUGGGCAGGUCUCUGCUUACAGUGACAUCAACAAGAUGACCAAUGCUAACCUGGCAGUGGUUUUUGGUCCAAACCUGCUCUGGGCCAAAGAUGCUGCUAUAACUCUCAAAGCCAUCAACCCUAUCAACACCUUCACCAAAUUUCUACUGGAUAACCAGACGGAGCUUUUCCAAAACAUGGAAGCUUGACCCAGAACUUACCUGUGCUAGCACACCAUGUGUCCACUGUGACCACUUUCUUCUUUGUCCCUCCGACUUUUCUAUUCUACCUUGUCUUGGAGCCGUGGCCAAAUCUGUGGAAGCUCCAGAUGAUGAGCAGUGUGUAAGAGGGCUGUGGAGAUGGUACAGCCAAGGAAAUACGUAUGUGUGAGAGAGGUGAUCAAGUGGGGUGGGAAGCUGGUCUUCCCAUCUGUGGAAAAGGAGCCCUGCUAUGGUUGUAUCGGGGAUAUCAGCAACGAGGAUGCUCUUAAAUGCUGUUUUCUAUCUCUUCCUUUCCUUCCUUUCAUGAGUUAUUCUCCUCGAAUAGCUUUCAGUGGACCCCAGCAGAACCCUUUCCCCAGUGCUUGUAUGGUUGAUGGAACUAAUUCGUGUUUCUGCAAUGGGCCUGGAAGGGAAGAAUUCAUAUCAGUUCCUGUUCUUGGACCAGAGUUGAUUCUUCAUGUUACCCAAAUUAGGCCAGUCUUGCAUUUCUGAGCAUCCUCUUAUUUUGAAAGGCUGCUGAGCAGUGUGCAUCAUCCUUUGGCAGAACUGAAUCCUAGUCCUAGUGUGUACUUUGGCUGUGGUAUCUUGCUAGAGAAGAUUGCAUUGAGCUGGGAGUACCUAGUCAUUCAGCAGUUUGCCCUGUUCACGGAACACUAGCACUCACUGUAGGUGCUAUUAAAAAGUUUCCCUGCCACAAUACAGUUGCUUCCUUCCAGUAUUGUGGAGUUCUUUUUUCUGUUUUGCUGUGCCGUUCAGCAGAGGCUGUUGCUGCCACCAAAAUUUCUUUCCAAACUUUGCCAGCAAGCAUUUUCUUUUUUUAAUUGGGAAGUAUUUAUUUUUUCCUGAUCAGUGAACCAGUAGGAAUCAUGCAGGGAAUAUGUACCCUGGUGGUAUUGGCUCCCUAAACUGCCAUGGCCCAAAUUAAACAUUGCCAUUCCUGUGAAGCACAGGCACCCUAUUUACUGACAGUCUCCCCACUGGGAUCAGAAUGUUGGCCAGCAAAAGGCUGAUAAUUGUAGCCAAAUCUCAUGCCGGAACCUUCUUGCCCUAUAUGCUAGGUUCUCUUGUGCCAAAGCUGGGGGGAGGUGAGCUUUCCUAUUCAAGUAAAGUUGUCAGCCUUGAUUCUCGAAUAUUGCCUGAGUGGAUCUGAUGCACCAUUUGUUUCUUUGGUAUUUGGAGAAGCAUUACUGUGCCUUUCUCCAACCUGCAAGAAGUGAUAUAUUCCCACUGUAUAGUUAGACAGUUCUUUGCUCAUAAGAACUCUUCUCUUUAGAUCAGGAAGUUUAGACUAGCCACAGAUGUUCUAAGCCAUUUUUGUUUUUAUGAACUAGCUAUUUCCUACUCAGACCUCUGCUUUUUACUAAGACUGAAAAGGUACAUUUUCAUGGUGUCUUGCUUUCAACUGUGUUAUGGCUGUUUUGUCUGCCUCCAGCAAGUAAACUGACUCUGUAAAAUAGCAGAUUUGGAAUUCACAGGAUUGUGGAAAAAUGUUAAACCUCACUGCAUACAAACCUAGUGUGCUCCUGUCUCAGAAUGGUUAAGGGAGCAAGAAGAUAUUUUGUGACAAAUUUACCAGUGAGCACUGUUGAGGGCACUAAGAUUGCAACAUCACAUAGCUUAGCCACUGGCUGCUUCUGUUGCUUUGGCAGAAUGUUUUUAAAAGAUUUCAGCUAUGAUGAAUUUACCAGGAAUAACAAGUUAACACGUCUGAAACACUCAUGAGGGGCUGAUGAGCAUGUAGUGCUGGUUCAUCCUGCACAAUACACAGAAUCAACCUGAGCAAAGAAAAGAGUAAUGCUUUAGUUUCAAGCCUAGAACAGUGCAUUCCAGUCUUGGUAGGAAUGCUGAUUUUCUGUUUAAAUAAGUCGAGGCACUUUUGCCAAGAAUGCUAAAUGACACAGGAUUAUCAAGAGGAAUUAUUUCUUAUGAAGAAUACAGUUGAGCAUGGCUAAAUAGAGAAUGACUUGUUUGAUGAAACUAUGAACUCCAGGCUCGUGGCUUUGCUUUUUAGUUACUUAUCAGUCUGUUGGGCUGCCCUGCUCUCAGUUGCUGGCUGAUCUGCCUUCUGCGGCAUUGAUUGUUGAGUUUAGGAGUGGACUUCUGGUCCUGUUCCAAGAUUCAGGGCUGCUGGGUUGCUUGCCUUACUACAGAGUUACCAGGUGGAAAGAAAAAGAUGCUGGUUCUCAUGGAAAUGUGCAGUUCAGGGACUUGAAGGCUAAGGGGUUCGAGGUACAAGUCACUGCUCUCUACCCCUAACUCCUGGGAUGCAUACCAAACCUGGUGCAGCUUGAAAACAACCAUAAUUCAAGCACGAGGUAUGCAGACUGCUUUGGGUAGGCAUUGCCACUGGAGUCUGGUGAUACUUUGGCAGACUUCAAGUUCCUAAGCAUGAUUUUUCUCCUACCGUCGUAUUGCAGAUUUCUGUAUCAUUGGAUGCUGUACAUUCACAAAACCCUGGAAGCAAGCCUGUAUAAAUAGCUCCGUUUCUUUCUGUACUGAACUAAAGUUGCCUGGAAACCUACACAUAGUAGCAGUGGUGUCUUUGCCUAAUCCAUUUCUCAUUUCUGCCUCUUCCAAAUCUGUUUCCACUGUGACAGUGCUGCGGUGCUGUGUGCUAAGCCUGGAUGCACCCUUGCCUCUAAACUGUUUUGAAUGUUUCUAUGUAUGCUAUUUGGAUCAAGGUGUUAGGCAUCCAAGCAGGCUACAGGAAUUGCUGGAGGAUCAGCAUCUCAUGGGGCCAGUCGUGCUCCUUUCCCUUACUUUUGUAGUAAAAGUCUGGUAGCUGAUUAGGUAGCCAUGGCUACGUGCAGCAUCCUCUGUCCUUCUGUGACUGCACAUCUGCCUUGCAUCCCUUUGCUGCUUGGUUUCCAUGUUUGAUAUUGGCCACAAUGCUUCUGUGGGUGGAACAUUCUCGUUUUUUGCUUGACUGCUAAAGCCUUUGUGUGUUGGUUCCCCUAGGAACACAUUCUGUGCUCUCAGCUCUCCCAGUCAUUCCCGCGUCUGUACUGGGAACAGUUUUUGAGUGAUACAACCGAAGUCAAGGCCAAUGGGAUGCCUUAUGGUAACAAUCUCUUUGCUGACUCAGUAGAGGAAUUAAUGGCCAAAUGCCCCCUGGAUGCGUGCUCCAGCACUGGGGCCCCUAUGUGCAGUUUACAGUUUUGCUUUUUGUUGAUGUUAUCCUCUGCAUUCUUCAUUCUCAUCGCUGAUGUUUAUUGGGUGCCGAGCUGAGGUUUUUACUGUGACAUUAAUUCACAACCAUGUUUAUUUCCUUCUAAAUUGUACCAAUCUUGUAUUUCACAGUUUGCACUUUUUGUACUUCAAUAAAAACCCAAAGUCAAUACUAGA